CGGACACCCCCGCUGGGGUUCACAUGGCUGCAGACAUCCUCCGAUUUGUUCACGCUUCGCGUAUCCCCACCAGCUCCGUAGCCCUGGCUCAAACCAUCUCACGGGCCUGGCUCCCUCGGGCCAGUCUCCCGUGUUCAAGGGGGCGCCCGACGCUGCGCCACGCCCGGGCCCGCGGAGCGCCCGCGCCAUUGCAGCUGCCCCCCUGGCGCGCCGCCCGCGGCUCAGCUGGGCCCUCUCGCAGCAGGCAGCUACGGCGUGCAUUCCAUCCAGGGCCUCAGACCCGAGAUGGAGGACGCGCACCGGGUCGUGCUGGAUGUCCACCUGAUCGUGCCAGGCGCCGACGGCGGCGCGCCCUCAGGCGGCAGCGCUGGCAGCGGCGACGGCAGGACGAGCUCCCCGUUCCCGCCCGCGCUGGCUGGCGCCGCGGAGGCACUGGGCAGCAUGUCUUACUUCGGCGUCUUCGACGGGCACGGAGGCUCCCUGGCCGCCGAGUUCGUGAGCGAGCGCCUGUGCAACCUGCUGGCGCAGGACCUCGGCGCGGUCGCCGCAGACCCUGUGGAGGCGCUCAGGCAAGCCUUUGUGCGCACCGAGGAACAGUGGCUAAAGGCCGCCGCGAAGGAUGAGCUCUUCGAUGGCACUACCGCGGCCGUGGCCUUGCUCGACAGGCAGCGAGGCCUGUGCGUGGUCGGGAACGUUGGCGACAGCGAGGUGAUCAUCGGGACGCGUAGGGCCGAUGGCGUUUCCACGCUGGAGGUGCUCACAGAGGUACACCGCAUCAGGGGCAACGCUGCCGAGGCUGCGCGGGUCGAGGCGCUCGGCGGCCGGGUCUGGAAGGGGCGCGUCGGGCACCCGAGGCUGAACCCCAAGUUUGCCUCCCUGGCCGUCUCCCGGGCGAUCGGGGAUCUCUUCUUCAAGGACGCCGCCUUCACCCAGGGCAAGGCGUCGGGCCUCGUCGCGGACCCCCACGUGACGUCCGUCCAGGUCCGGGGUGAGGGCGUGUCCGAGCAAUUUCUCCUCCUCGGCUGCGACGGGUUCUGGGACAAAGUGACCUACCAACAGGCGCUGAGUUACGUGUUCCGGCUGAUGGACACUGGAACGGAUCCGCAGGCGAUCAGCGAGAGCCUCGUGACCUGUGCGCACGACGCAGGCUCCAGCGAUAACAUCACCGUGAUGAUCGUGAUGUUGUGAUGGUGGGGCGCCCAUAUCAUUGGGUGCUUUAUUAUCGCGUGUCACAGCUGGAGCGCGAGUGAUGCAGCUGCAAAGGUUCGACCAUUCCA